UAAUCCUCCAAACCCAGGCCCGCACGGCUGUUGUUGUUGAACUCUGUUUGUUUCGUACCACACCAGAGGACCAGGCGCGGCAGCUGCUGCGACUCAUCUUGUUGGAUGGCGGCGCCGACCGAGGAGGAGAAGGCCGGUGGCUGCUGCGCUAGGUGGCUGCGGCGGGAGGUGCUGCUGGCCCUCGCGCUGGGGCAGAUCGUCUCCCUGCUCAUCACCUCCACAGGCUUCUCCUCCUCCGAGCUCGCCCGCCGAGGCAUCAACGCACCAACAUCGCAGUCCCUCUUGAACUACAUCCUUCUCGCUCUUGUCUACGGCAGUAUACUCCUCUACCGGCGAAAGCCGCUCACGACAAAAUGGUACUACUACUUGAUCCUUGGCAUUAUUGACGUUGAAGCUAAUUAUAUUGUUGUGAAGUCUUAUCAGUACACAUCUUUGACGAGUGUGAUGCUUCUGGAUUGCUGGACAAUUCCAUGUGCCAUUCUUCUCACAUGGAUCUUUUUGAAGACAAAAUAUGGACUCAGGAAGUUCAUAGGCGUUGGAGUUUGUGUGGUUGGCCUUAUAUUAGUAGUAUUUUCGGACGUCCAUGCCUCUGAUCGCGCUAAAGGACCCAACCCUUUGAAAGGUGAUUUGCUUAUAAUUUUUGGCUCGAUGCUUUAUGCUUGCAGUAAUGUUGCUGAGGAGUAUCUGGUCAAGAAGAACAACAGGAUUGAAUUGAUGGCAAUGUUGGGACUUUUUGGAGCAGUUGUCAGUGGCAUACAGAUAAGUAUUCUUGAGCGAAAAGAACUUCAAUCUAUUAAAUGGAAUGCUGGUGCGGUGCUCCCUUUUCUUGGAUUUGCGUUAGCAAUGUUCCUGUUAUACUCAACUGUACCUACAGUGCUGAAGAUUUGUGGGGCGACCAUGCUAAACCUCUCACUCCUGACUUCUGACAUGUGGGCUAUUCUCAUCCGCAUAUUUGCCUACCAUGAGAAGGUCGACUGGAUGUACUUCGUUGCGUUUGGCUGCACGGUCGGGGGCCUUCUGAUCUACUCCUACAGGAGCUCGAAGGAGCCAGAGGAAACGGCGCAGGUCGUUGGAGCUAGCGACGAGCACGGUAGGGAAGGGGACGAGGAGGCUGGAAUGCAGAACCCGGUGGGAAGUUCCGUUGCUGCCGGGAACCGUGAUCAGAUCUCCUACAAGGAGUUGCCAUCAGCAGGCAGCCCCUCCAAGAAUUAGGCACUAGGGGCAUACGGCAAUAGGCAGACGUAACAAUUCUCGGUGAGGAAAUCUUUAUCUGUAGAGUUGAAGGGAAAACCGUUCGGUUCGUGAUAGUCGGCUUUCUCAUCUUGUUACAAAAUUUUGACUAUUUUUCUUUUGAGAUGCUAUGGCCAGACAAUCCAUGUAGCAACCACGCGUCCCUGCAUAGGAAAGUGCAACAAUUCGUAUAUGCAUUUUUAAUUUUUUUUGGGUGAAUAUAUACAUCCAAUGUAUGGUGGAGGAUUAUUUGGUCCUUGAACUGAAAAUC